GGUGAAUAAGCAGCGAAGGAGCACUGAUACUUUGCACAUACUACUAGAGUAUACUUACGACCGUUAUGUCUAGGCUUGUCUCCAAAUCUAUCAGAGCCCUGCCCAGCGCACGCUCUGUCUCGAACCGCACCAUCGAGUCUGCAGUUCGGUCCUGGACAAGAUCAAUUUCAUCCACGCCUGUACGCGCAGCAGUACAUCGCGGACCCACUCUCGCAACUGCCUCAGGCAUCCACGCCCCAAAAGCUGCCUCAUCAUUUGGCGUAGCAUCCUCACAAUGUCGAUCCAUGUUCAUACAGACAGAGGUCACGCCAAACGACGAUUCUCUUAAAUUCAUACCUGGUGUAAGUGUCAUGGGCGAAGGAACAGCCGAGUUUCUUGACACACGAUCAGCGUUAAAAUCUCCACUUGCUAUCCGUCUUAUGGGCAUUGAGGGGGUCAAGGCUAUAUUUUAUGGACCAGAUUUCGUUACUGUGUCGAAGGACAGCGAAAACCCAUGGGCAGUAAUCAAGCCGGAAAUCUACUCAAUACUUAUGGAGCACUUUUCUGCUGGUUUGCCACUUUUCCGGUCGGAAGAGGACAAAGAAGCGGCUGGCCCCCAGGACACUCAGAUUCUUGACACGGACUCUGAGACGGUAGCAAUGAUCAAAGAGCUGCUUGAAACUCGUGUCCGUCCAGCGAUCAUGGAGGACGGUGGUGAUAUAGAAUAUCGAGGAUUUAGUGAUGAAGGCCUCGUGAAAGUCAAACUGAAGGGAAGCUGUAGAGGGUGCUCGUCUAGCACUGUAACGUUGAAGUCGGGAAUUGAGAGGAUGUUGAUGCAUUAUAUCCCGGAGGUGAAGCUGAUGAUGAACCAGAUCUUGGAUGAAGAGGAGGUCAUUGCAUUGGACGAGUUUGCCAAACUCGAGGAACGGCUGGCGAAGAAUGGAAAGAAUAAAGAUUCCAAGAUGGCGCGGUAUAUGUCCGUAUGAGCUUAUCCACCCCCGCCCAGGACGAUGACUUCCCUGUCCUUAGUACUUACCACCAUAAUUGACCUACAAUCCACGAGUUCCUCUCACUAUUGGUAGGCUUGAGCUGGAUGCUAAAAUGCGGAUAUUCCUUGUUGGAAGUGCAAAGCUAGUUCUAAUACUUUCAUUUCGGUGCAGUGCCCUAUGUAAAAAAAUAGUGGCAGGUAUAGGAGCAAGGAACAUGCUCAGAACGCAGGUUCUGGGAAGACGCU